UUGUUCCAAGGUGUGCUCACUGUCCAGCUUGAAUUAGGCCUGCUGGCUAGAUGUUUGGGAGCAAGUAUUUUUACAUCGUAGAAAUGUGGGAGUACUUCUUCUGUUUGCUACCUUCUCUACUUCUGGUCCUAAUUGUGAUUCUGCUUCGAGGCAGCUGGAUUCGCCAUCUUGCAGAAAUUACUAUUCAGAAGUUGGGUCGCUGUAUGUGGGUUAUUGUCUGUAGACUCCUGAAACUCCCAUACCCUACAGUUUCAGAGUCAUUUAAAGAACAACAGGUCAAACUGAUCUGUAGACCCACAGCCCUGGCCAACCACCUGAAGAGGCACUGUUAUGCUUUAACCCAGCCUCCACUGGCAACAUGGCCUCAGAGUGACCCUCAUCUUCAGAUAAUCACCAAACUCAUGUGGCCCACAAAGGAAGGCGCCGAACUACAAGGAGAAGUUCGCUUUAAAAGAGACCACCUUCUCCUCCAGGAUGGAGGUAUUGUGGCCCUGGACUGGGCUGUAGGUCUGAUGGACCAACAAGCUCAAGCCAAAAGGGAACUUCAUCCAGGAGGAAGAGUUCUAGGCCUUCACUCUAGCAAUCCAGCAAUUGUCAUUCUGAUUCCCAAUGCUUUGGGCCGAGUGACUCCACACUUGCUCAGUUUGUGCCAACAGGCUUUGCAGCAGGGUUUCUAUCCUGUGGUGUUCCAUCGUCGUGGUCAUGGUGGCUGCCCUCUGACUACUCCACGCUACCAGGAAUUUGGAAAUCCCUCUGACCUUAUGCAGGCAAUAACAUACAUGCGGAGCCACCAUCCAUCCUCAGCUCUGCUUGCAGUCAGUGAGGGCUCUGGAUCUGGGUUGCUGCUUUCAUAUCUGGGGGAAUGUGGCUCAUCAUCCUACCUGAUGGCUGCUGCUUGCAUCUCUCCUGUGUUUCAUGGACAACUGUGGUUUGAGUACAAACUGCCUUGGCUUUAUCAUUGGAUGGCCCUCAUUUACCGGAAGCUUCAAAUAAACAGGUAUGCAACCGCUUUGAGCUGUGUGAUGGAUGUCACAAAAAUUCUACGCUGCAAAUCCUUGCGAGAUAUGGAAGAAUUCAUGUUCUGUCCUGCUACGCAUUCAGAUAACAUGUCCAACUUAGUUGGCCAUAUUGGAAAGGAUACUUCAAGACUAUCAAUGAAGCUGGACUGGGCAAGUUACUGGGAGAGGAACGAACCUCUGCGAGAUGCAGAUGAAGUGGCAGUGCCAGUGCUCUGUUUGUGUAGCAAAGAUGACCCACUAGUGCCACCUGUCUCCACUCUACCUGAGGCAAUUUUUCACAAUAGCCCUUACUUUCUGCUGAUCCAGACAGUCAUGGGAGGUCACUGUGGCUUUAUGCAUGAGAAUAAACAUGGAGGUAGUACGUCCUGGAGCAAUUCUGUAGUGCUGGAAUAUUUCCGGGUGGUUGCCGAAUUCAUUGGAGUAGAGGAGAAGAAAGGGUUUAAGGAUGGAAUUGUUGGCAAUGUCAGCCAGGGCCUGAGGCAUAGUUCCAGUGCUGUGCUGUCCAGAAGAAGAAGGUCAGUCUUGCUGAGGAAAGAAAGGCCCAUCUUAAGUUCACGAAGACGACAGAUCUCAACUCCCGCUGACAUAUUCACAUUUGAAGAGGAGCAGAAGGAUUUUACAUGGAACAGGUCCUACACUCGCUAAAUGACAGCAAUAGGUGGCAUACUAUGAGCAUAGCAGAUUCCAGAGUGGUGGACUUCCUACCAAAGUCACAAAAUUUCUUAGAGAAACAUGGGGUAUCAUAAGUCAGGAAAAGUUUGAAACAAGUGAAGAGAAAAGGAGUACUCCUGUGGAGAUGUUUAAAGGAAUGCGGAGAAUACCACAGAAGAAUGUAGAUAAAGCCCUUUUUGGCUUCUUUUAGUUCGCUAAAAAUAAUGACGAAAUGCACUGAUGUGUGUUUGUUUGGUGAUAUUUGUCCAGUUCACACAUCCAAUUUGGAAAUGACAUUAUUUAUUUAAGACGUGUGCCAGCAUAGAAGAUUGGUAAAUUUAUUGAACCAGUUUCAUAGCAGUUUGUUAAAAUUUAAGUCAGCAGAAACAGCUUAUCUACAGUGUCGUCCUCUCGAGUGUCGACAACCUUCAGUUACUUCACCUCAACAAUUAAAAAAUAACGCUGCGUGUAGUACAAAGGCGGGUUUGUUCGCAUAUGUGCUUUAGUUUGUUCGGGAGAAAAAGUUUGGCUUCUUCCAUUGUAUAAAUUGGGCUUUAAAGGGAAGGAACAAAAUGUUCUGGAUCUCCUAGUAAGAGGAUACUUAUUGAUAGACAAGAAGGACACACACUGACUGGCAGGGGAUUAAUCAUACGAGCAUGGCCUUUACCAUUAGAUGCUAUUUUUAGGAAUUCUAUUUUCUUUAUACAAAUGUAUCACUAGGCGCAUGCUGGGGAAUUCACUGCAUUCAUUAAGUUUUUAAGAUGUAGUGCAGAUGGUAGCACAAAAAAAAAAGAAAAAAAGAAAAUCCUUUGAAAUUUUUUUUUUUUUAUUAUUAUCUUAGCCUGAAUUUAAAGGAAUAGUUCACCCAAAAAUGAAAAUUCUCUCAUAAUUUACUCAGCCUCAUGCCAUCCGAGAUGUGGAUGACUUUCUUCAGCUGAACACAAAGAUUUUGGAAGAAUAUUUCAGCUCUG